AUGAGCUCGGUUGCACAGUCACAGCACGAAUCUGUUGGUAACGGCAAGGUGCGGAGCUGGACUUAUAGGCCAACAGUGCAGGACACGAUAAACGGACGAUUGGAGACAAUAAUCAUAGCGGACGACAAUGAAGAGGGAAGAGAUCUCAGGAAGCCUUUCCUGCACACUGGGAGCUGGUACCGCAUGGGUUCCAGGCAAUCCAGUAUGAUGGGCUCGUCCCAGGUCAUUCGAGAUAGCUCCAUUUCUGUGGUGGCUUGUGUUUUGAUUGUCGCUUUGGGUCCUAUCCAAUUCGGCUUCACCUCUGGAUAUUCUUCUCCGACCCAAGCAGCAAUCAUCAAGGAUCUUGGACUCACAGUGUCAGAGUAUUCUCUUUUUGGUUCUUUAUCGAAUGUGGGUGCCAUGGUAGGAGCUAUAGCCAGCGGUCAGAUUGCUGAGUAUAUUGGUCGCAAAGGGUCUUUAAUGAUUGCUGCCAUUCCUAAUGUUAUCGGCUGGCUUGCUAUAUCAUUUGCCAAAGAUUCUUCUUUUCUCUACAUGGGAAGACUGUUGGAAGGAUUUGGCGUGGGAAUAAUCUCGUACACGGUGCCUGUAUAUAUAGCUGAGAUAGCACCUCAAAACUUAAGAGGUGCUUUGGGUUCAAUCAAUCAGCUCUCUGUAACCAUUGGGAUAAUGCUGGCUUAUCUGCUCGGACUUUUUGUUCAAUGGAGGAUACUUGCAGUUCUGGGAAUAUUGCCUUGUACGAUAUUGAUACCCGGGCUCUUUUUCAUUCCAGAAUCUCCUCGAUGGCUGGCAAAAAUGGGUAUGACCGAGGAUUUCGAAGCCUCUUUGCAAGUUCUCAGGGGAUUCGAUACUGAUAUUUCGGUUGAAGUGAAUGAGAUCAAGAGAUCUGUAGCAUCAACAACCAGAAGAACAACAAUUCGGUUUGCAGAACUCAAACAAAAAAGAUAUUGGCUUCCUUUAAUGAUUGGAAUUGGUUUACUUGUUCUUCAACAGCUAAGUGGAAUUAACGGUGUUCUAUUCUAUUCCAGUACCAUUUUCGCAACUGCCGGUAAGGACACGGAUGGCAUGGCAUAUUCUUCAUUCUCACGGACAGAAAAAGAUUGCAGUCAGUUUGAUAAUGAUCGAGUGACAUUGCUUCUUCGGCCCGAACCAAGGAAUCCCUUAGAUAUGAUGCAAAAUGGAUCUUGUUCUAUCGUUGAUCAGAGAUUUCUCUAUGAACAAUACGAAUCGGAGUUUGAAGAAGGGGAAGGAGUCCUCGACCCGCAACGGAUAGAGGAGGAUUUAUUCAAUCACAUAGUUUGGGCUCCUAGAAUAUGGCGCCCUUGGGGCUUUCUAUUUGAUUGUAUCGAAAGGCCCAAUGAAUUGGGAUUUCCCUAUUGGGUCAGGUCAUUUCGGGGCAAGCGGAUCAUUUAUGAUGAAGAGGAUGGGCUUCAAGAGAAUGAUUCGGAGUUCUUGCAGAGUGGAACCAUGCAGUACCAGACACGAGAUAGAUCUUCCAAAGAACAAGGCUUUUUUCGAAUAAGCCAAUUCAUUUGGGACCCUGCGGAUCCACUCUUUUUCCUAUUCAAAGAUCAGCCUUUUAUCUCUGUGUUUUCACAUCGAGAAUUCUUUGCAGAUGAAGAGAUGUCAAAGGGGCUUCUUACUUCCCAAACAGAUCUUCCUACAUCUAUAUAUAAACGCUGGUUUAUCAAGAAUACGCAAGAAAGGUACUUCGAAUUGUUGAUUCAUCGCCAGAGAUGGCUUAGAACCAAUAGUUCAUUAUCUAAUGGAUUUUUCCGUUCUAAUACUCCAUCCGAGAGUUAUCAGUAUUUAUCAAAGCUGUUCCUAUCUAACGGAACGCUAUUGGAUCAAAUGACAAAGACAUUGUUGAGAAAAAGAUGGCUUUUCCCGGAUGAAAUGAAAAUUGGAUUCAUGUAA